CGGGGCCGGGCGAGGCGGGGCGCGCGCGGCGGCCGUUGAGGGACCGUUGGGGCGGGCGGCGGCGGCGGCGGCGCGCGCUGCGGGCAAAGAGUGUGGAGGCGCGGACGCGCGGCAGAGCUCGAGCUGCUGCAGCUGCUGCCGCCGCCAGAGUAACCUCGAUCCCCGAGCUCCGGAUACCGGUGCCUCGCCAUGGCUGACCAGCUGACCGAAGAACAGAUUGCAGAGUUCAAGGAAGCCUUCUCCCUCUUCGACAAGGAUGGAGAUGGCACCAUUACCACCAAGGAGUUGGGGACUGUGAUGAGAUCGCUGGGGCAGAACCCCACUGAGGCUGAGCUGCAGGACAUGAUUAAUGAGGUGGAUGCUGAUGGCAAUGGGACCAUUGACUUCCCAGAGUUCCUCACCAUGAUGGCCAGGAAGAUGAAGGACACAGACAGUGAGGAGGAGAUACGAGAGGCCUUCCGUGUCUUUGACAAGGAUGGGAAUGGCUAUAUCAGUGCCGCCGAGCUGCGUCAUGUCAUGACGAACCUGGGGGAGAAGCUGACCGAUGAGGAAGUGGAUGAGAUGAUCCGAGAAGCUGACAUUGAUGGCGACGGCCAGGUCAAUUAUGAAGAGUUUGUACAGAUGAUGACUGCGAAGUGAAGGCCCGGGCAGCUGGCCAUGCCCGUUCUCCUGAUCUCUUCUCACGCUCUCCUCUCUUCAACACUCCCCUGCGUACCCGGUUCUAGCAAACACCAAUUGAUUGACUGAGAAUCUGAUAAAGCAACAAAAGAUUUGUCCCAAGCUGCAUGACUGCUCUUUCUCCUUCCUCCUGACUGUCCCUCCAUGCCCUCAUCGCUUCCUUUAGCCUUCCCCCUCCAUUCCCAGUCUCCAGGCCUGAUGCAUUCACAAGGUGAACCCCAUUGCUCUGCCCUGGGGAGCCUCUGCCCUCCUCCUCCAGCCCGGAUGGCUCUCCUCCGUUUUUUGGUUUGUUUCCUUUUGUUUGCCCUUCUUUUGGGUGCCGGGCGGCCACCAUUCCUGUCCCUGACCAGUGAGGAGGGGAGCAAGGCCUUCUGCCAAGUGGAGGAACAUAUCCCCUGCCACUGUUGCAUGCCCCCCAGCCCUGUGACUCUGUGUGCAAGCCCAGUAGCCUGUGGGGCGGGGUGCCAAGAGGGGAUGGGACGUUCCAGGACUGAGGGAGUUGAGGAUGUGACCCAGGACAGGGGUAGGGGUGGAAGGGUGGGAAGGGCCAGGGAGGCCUUGGAAGCUAACUAACAUGCUUUCAUUUCACUAUGGAGGGGGACGGAUAGAGCGGAAGGCACUUGGGGUCUCGCUGAUGCUGUUCUGAAACCAUCUGGCUGGCUUUCUGAGGUCAGGCUGGGUGGGGGGCUGCUGAUCACACUUGCUCUCCUCCCUCCAGCGAUCUCACGCUGUUCUGUAAAUACCUGGUGCUAACAUCCCAUGCCGCUCCCCCAUGGCGCCCCCAGCCACCUGCCCAGUUCAGGGCUGGUCCAGGAAUGGAUGUGGGGGAUGGUCGCUCUGUAAUGUGCUGGUGAUCUUUUUUUCCUCCUUCCCCUUUAUGCCCCUUAAAACUUUUGAUUUUGUCCUAAACAUGCCGGGCCAACUAAAGGGUGGGGAGAGGAGAGAUGAGCCCCACCAUGCUCACAAGAACCAACCUGCAAUAAACACUAUUAUGGGCCGCCGCACAGAGCACGCAGCGGGCACCUCCUGCCCCUCCGUGGUGACUUGGCAUCGCUUUCUGCCCGCCUCUGCCCUCACCCUGCCUGCCCCACUCCCCAGCGGAGAGCAUGAUCCGCGCCCUUGCUUCUGACUCUAGCGUCUGGGACACAUCAGUCAACGUGGGCAGUUCAGUCUGGGUUCGUUUCCUUUCUCUGUUCUCAUCUGGCCCCCCCAGGGCAAUCUUGUUGCUUUUUGCUGGGACCUGCCCAGCUUUGAGACUCUUCUCCAUCCCUUGGCACCAGCCUUGAGGGAGGGAGGGACAGAACAUAUCAGGAGACCCAGCCUAGAGUUGAGGGCAAGGGCAGGUAGGCGUGAGGCUGUGGACUUUGCGGAAUGUUUCGGGGUUUUGUUUUGUUUUAUUUUGUUUUUGGUUUUCCUUUUUUGUUUUUUGUUUUGUUUUGUUUUUUAAACCGGGCAAUAUUGUGUUCAGUUCAAGCUGUGAAGAAAAAUAUAUAUCAAUGUUUUCCAAUAAAAUACAGUGACUACCUGUCUGGACUCUC